AUGAAAAAGAGCAUACAAAAUCGAUUAACCCUCGAGCGGCAGAACGGUGAAACACUUUCAUAUGCUCGGUUCCGGCUCUUCUCCGCAUCCUCCUUAAAUAGGCCGAAAAUCGAAGCAAUGGCAAAACCGGAAGUCCUCAGGAGUCUUGAGACCUAUGUGCCAUAUGACAUCCGUGACUUCCACAACCUUCGACAGAUCGGUAGUCGAACGGUUUCUGAUAGAUCACGAACAGCCUUUGCGGGCUGCAUCCUUCCGUUGACCGUCUCAGGCGAUUCCUACACUCGCCUUGCUCGAACACUGCAGAAGAGGAUGACACAAGAGGAAGACGGGAUUGCACAAGACGAUACUUGCCUCUUAGAUGACAAUUAUAUAAUAUGUGUGUGUACUCACUGGAGACUCGACGAGAUCGGACUAGAGAUUUGUCCAUGUGGUCCAUGCACCAGCACUCACUCACGCACACUGGUGAAUGGAGGUGGCGGGAGGUAUUAUAGGGAGCGGAGGUGGGGGGUGGGGGGAGGCACCGGCCAAUGGGGCCCAUUCAUGAGGGGCGAGCCACGUCAGCGGUGGGGGCGGAACCCCCCGCACGCACCCCCUCCUCUUGCGUACUAUCGCGUAACUCCUUUAGGGCUUAUCUCUUCCAAGAUAUCAACCGCAGCCUUCAGGUAG